CAAAGUCCAUCUAGAUUGAUGGCUAUUGGUCCAGGCCACUUGACAUGUUCGUAGACAAGCUGGCACACGCUCUCAGUACUUGCUUUACAAGGCAUUCACAUGGGCUGGCUCAUCGUCCUACUAUCUCUGUUCCUGUUGAUCGGUCCAGGCGACCCUGACUUGAUUCGACUUGUCCCAGGAACGUUUGCGGGUCGCCUGGAGAUCUACCAUGGAGGAGCCUGGGGCACUGUCUGUGAUGAUGGAUUUGAUUUGAAUGAUGCUAAAGUUGUCUGUAGAGGAUUUGGCCUAAACGCUUUAAGUGUCAAGGCUUCUGCUCACUAUGGACAAGGAACUGGCUCUAUCAUGAUGGAUGAUGUCGCUUGCACUGGAAGUGAGAUGUCCUUAGAUCGGUGUUCACAUCCAGGCUGGGAAACACAUAACUGCGGCCAUGGCGAGGACGUGGGUGUGGAAUGUGUCUCUGUUCCCGGCCAGCCCUUCAUGUACGGACCUGCCCGCACCCGGCUCGUAUCCCCAUCAGCUGGGGGGCGUCUUGAGGUGUUUGUCCAGAGCUGGGGCACGGUGUGUAGUGACAGGUUUGACCGUAACGACGCCAAGACAGCCUGCAGGGGACUCGGUCUACCCACGAGCCAUGCCUAUGUUGUACCGACGUCCUUCUUCGGAAGUGGAACUGGAGAUAUAUGGGUGGAUGACCUCGAGUGUACUGGGAGUGAGGCGUCUAUAGAUUCGUGUGCCCGGCCGACAUGGGGCGAACACAACUGUAACCAUGACAAGGACGUAGGAGUCGUAUGCGCUUCAACAUUUUCUGAGGUUGUAAGGUUCACAACAGUAUCGUUAAGUGUGAAUACAAUCCAAGUGUUCGCUGGAACUAGUCAGACUGUCACCUGUAACGUGAAGACACCACCGACCUCACCGCUCACGUAUACGUGGACCGUUGGGGGCGUCAUCAAUGGAACAUCUUCCACAUUCACCAGAGUUCUUGUCAACGCUGAUAAUGAUAAGGAACUCCAGUGUAGUGUCCGGUUGGGUGUCAAUGACUUGGGCAGAGCAUCUGUAGCACUUACUGUGGUGUAUGCUCCAGUGGUCAGCUGUCAGUCCGAGUAUUUCAUCCUGUACAAUGCAUCUGUGCAACUGUCUUGCGAAGUGGAUGCCUCCCCAGGCUACAGCAGCAUCUCCUGGUCCUCAUCUACAGGCAGGCUGCUGUCCUCUGGUGCUUCAGCAUCAUACAUCCUCGAACACGUCACCGAGUCACAGACAUUGACAUGCACUGCCGACAACACAAUGAGAGAUUCUAAUGGUGUCACAAAAACAGGAAACAGUUCCUGUCACAUGGCCAUCAAAGUUUUGAAACCCCCUCCAACCACCCAGUCGGGGAGCGUGGCAGUAUUUGAAGGAGAUUAUGGUGCUGACCUCUCUCUCCCUUCCGCUGCCUCACCUCCACCAUCCUCAUUCAAGUGGAGGAAAGUUGGGUCCCCGUGGAGCACAGCAUCCACCGCCCCACCAAGACUGCACAACAUCAGUAGAGCUGAUGCGGGAGACUAUGUCAUUGAGGUGACCAACAUCAUCGGAAGCAACGAGUCAUCGACGCAUGUCAGCGGCCAGGGGGCGCAGUUUGUUCAUGUUGAUGUGUUAUAUCCCCCUGAAGUAGUCUGUCAAGAAGAUGUAAGUGUACUUCUCAAAUCAUCUUUUGACCUGAGAUGCAAAGCGUGUGCAUCUCCACUCCCAGAUGAUGUGACAUGGGCAAGGCUAUCCAUUCCAGCCUCCACUAUCCCUCCUCCACCUACAGACACAUAUCCCCCCCUCUUUGGAUCUGGUGAAAAAGAGAUUAUUGAUAUUGGCAAUGCUGAAGAAGAAGAUGAUGGUUCAGGGUCUGACCUAGACGGACGUGCCUCCAGGCUGAGAACUCGGUUGGAUGGCAUCACAGAAUCUACGUGUGAAAUGAGAUAUGGAUUGAAUACCAUGAACGGCAAAAUUGGAACAUACCAUAUCCCACGUUCUUCCACGAAUGAUGCUGGGGUUUAUCAAUGUACUGCUGUGAACACGAUGUUAGACCACACAGGAAAGAAAGAAAAUGGAACAGGAUCAUGUUUAACAAGCGUAAAUGUUCUCUAUCCCCCGUCUCCUUUGAACAGCGGUACGAAGGACGUGUUCGAGGGCGGCAGUGUCAUCCUGAGUUUGCCUCAACGUUCCAACCCCCGACCACACGUCUACACAUGGAAGAGGGAAGGGAAUGAGCUGGAGGUGUCUUCAAACACUCCACCUGUGAUAUCGAACAUCAGGACAUCUGAUGCUGGAAUGUAUAUCGUCAGACUUACCAACUUGAUGAACCUCACUUACGGUGGCCUGAUUGAGGGACACGGGAAUCAGCUGGUGCACAUCAAUGUUUUAUAUUCUCCUGUGGUGUCUUGCCGGAAAGAGUACGUUGUCGUCCAGAACUCAUCUGUCAGCCUCAUGUGUUCUGUAGACGCCUUCCCAGGUCCCGGUGCCAUACGGUGGUUACAGCAAGCAUCAAAUAAGAUUGUAAUGACCGGAGACAAGUUCACUAUUGACGAUGUCCAAAUGAUAGACGGUGGUGUAUAUAUAUGCACGGCUACGAACAGCAUGACAGAUACUAAUGGUCAGAUGCGAGAAGGGACUGGGUCAUGCACAGUCAGGGUUAAAGUUGUGUCACGUGUGACGACGGGAAAUCCAGGUCCUGCACCAGAAUCUUAUCACUCUCAACCACCGCACUUCCUCAUCUUCAUCGUCGGUGGUGUUCUUGUGGUCGCCAUCAUCAUCCUUGUGUUAUUAGUCAUCCGUCUCAGGAGGAAACUUAAAGGAAGCAUCCGCAAUGAUGAGAAAGUAGAGGAGAACACAGACAUACCACUGUCGGAACUUCCGGGAGUGUCAACGCAUAUCGACAAACAGAUGUGAUCGCUUGGGACAUCGCUAUUAUAUAUCCAGCUUCUGACAACAUUUACAAAUGGCUAUGGUGCCAUACACUAUUCACUUGGUGCCAUGCAACUGUAGUUCCAUGAUAGACAACACUCAACUGGACUCCUUGUUUGGUCAUGAGCUACUGACUACACUGUUGUAGAAUCAUGAUGCUGUGUUUCAAAUGAUGAUACAGUAAACUACGGUUAUAACGAACACGCUUAUAACGAAGUGACGGAUAUAACGAACUAACUUUUUAGUCCCGACUAUUUGCUGCAGUUAUGCUGUAUAUAUGCGUAUAACGAACUACGGUUAUAACGAACUAAAAAUAGUAGUCCCUUUGAGUUCGUUAUAACCGUAGUGUACUGUAAUUCAAUGUAAUGAAUCCUGACAUACAAGAUGACUAGAUGAUUUUCCUUAAAAUCAUUUACGUCAUACUCAAUAAAAUUGGGUGUACAAUUGCAUAUUUAGCUAAAUCGCAUCCGGAAGCGUUCAUAUGUAUGAAGUAGAUGCAGAAAUGUAUCUUGUGUUAAUGAUUAUCAAGCAAAUAAACAUUUGUGUGUCA